AGUUUACUUAAUCAUGUGAUUUUUCGUCGAAUUUUGAGUAGUAUUAUUUUCUUUGAGAAUCUUAUAUAUUAUAUAAUAAUAGUAACUCUAUCGAAAUUCACUUUUAUUCAAAACACGGUAAUUCAAUAAAACUAUGCGUUGCGUACUAUGAUACGCAACGCGGUAUGACAAAAUUACUUGAAGAGAGAAAAACAAGGACAAGAAGUUAAAAAGCCCGGGUCAUACGACAAAGGUCUCGAACAACUCACAACUUUUGCUUGCUUUAAAUUAUUUGGUAUAUGUACAAGAACAAAUAACAUUCGAGACACCCCUCACCCUUCUCUCUCUAUUCAAAGAUUGAAAAUUUCCAAAUUUGGCAAAUCCUAUAAAUUCCCUCCUCCAUUUUUCACCAUAUCCUUCCAAUUCGUUUGGAGAUUUGAUCUCACAAAAUUUUAUAUUAGGUUUCAUUUUUCUUUACCCAUUUUAUUGUUAAUGGUGGAAAUAUUCAAGAAUUUGUUGAUGAUUACCUCUUUAUUUCCAAUAAAGGAGAUCUCCUUUUCUUCUUCCUUUAGCUUUCUUAGUUGCAAAGAAGAAGGCUGGUAUUAUCGUUGCGUUGGCCUUGACCCUUGAGUCACCCAUUGUCACGUAUCUAAUCAGCCUACGUCCUAUAGAACAUUUUUGUUAUUAAUUUUUGUUUAUUGGAAGCGAUACGAUGUUGCUUUACAAGACAAAGAAGAUUCAACCCGAGCAGGGAAACCGGUUAUUAAUCAGUAUAACGGUUGUUGGGAGUGCAGGACCAAUUCGUUUUGUUGUCAAUGAAAAGGAACUUGUGGCUAAUGUUUUAAAUACUGCAUUGAAAAAUUAUGCCCGUGAGGGGAGGCUUCCUGUUCUUGGAUCAAAAUUAAAUGAUUUUGUGCUGUAUUGUCCAACAGUUGCAUCCGAAGAUUUGAGUCCAUGGGAGACAAUUGGAUCGUUUGGUGUUCGUAACUUUGUGCUGGUCAAGAAACCGCAGGCUGAGAAUUCAAUUCUUGAUAGGAAACAAGUGGAUAUGGCUCGGAAGGGAGCAGGAAGUUGGAGGGCAUGGUUCAAUAAGUCACUCAGUCGCAAGAUAGCUUCUUACUGAAUAGUGAGUCGAUGUGAAGUAAUCUAUCAUUCUUGUUGGUUUUUGGUUCUAUUCUUCUCACUGAAUAGAGAGUCGAUGUGAAGUAAUCUAUCAUUCUUGUUGGUUUUUGGUUCUAUUCUUUUUUCAUGCGGCUAUGUUUUCCUACUCCCGUGUUGCACUUCCCCUAGACCUGUUAAAUGUGAAACCUUGUUUUGGUGUUUUCAUAAUGAGAUAAAUUAAACCUUUAUCAGUUA